AUGUCGCAACCGCACAUCAACGAGAAAGGCAUGGGAAUGCUCGUCACCGCGCUGUUCAUUGUCGGCGAAACGGCCGGCGGCGGUCUGAUCGCUCUUCCGACUGCCAUCGUGAGCACCGGAGCCGUCACCGGCGCCUUUUUGCUCCUCAUGACCGCGCUCAUUUGCACGUACACCGGUAUACUGCUGGCCGACAACUGGACAAUACUGCAAGAGUUGUAUCCGGAGUAUCGGGACCACUGCCGCAAACCCUAUCCAGCAAUGGGACAUCGAGCCGUCGGGCCCAGGUUUGCGUGAGUUCUGCACUCUUCCGGUCACCUAGAGAUCCACUAAUUUCCAGUCAUUUUGUCUCUGCAAUUCUGCAAGUGACCCAGUUCGGAACGGCCGUCGUUUUCGUCCUGCUCGCCGCGAAAAACGGAGAGAACAUGCUGCACGCGAACUUCGGAACGCACGUCAGCUUCUGCUACAUGAUCCUCGUCGUCGGCCUCCUCGUCUUCCCGUUCACCCUGCCCAAAUCGCCCAAAGACUUUUGGUUCGCCGUCGUCGCCGCUAUGAUCACCACGACGAUCUCGGUCGUUCUCAUAAUCGUCGGCUCGAUCGGAGACUAUCACGUGUGCCACAACGAGGUGUUCUAUCCUCCGUUCGACCUGCCCAAGACUCUCAUGUCCUUCGGCACCGUCAUGUUUUCCUACGGAGGACACUGCGCUUUCCCGACAAUCCAACACGACAUGCGGAAGCCGCAUCACUUCUCGCGCUCCGUCUCCAUCGCCUUUCUCGUCGUCUUCAUCUUCUACCUGCCCGUCUCGAUGAGCGGAUACUUUGUCUACGGAAGCUCUCUCACCGACUCCAUCAUUCCGUCCAUCCAGGUAAGCCUCUCUUAAACACCGAGACUGACGGGCUUUGUUUGCAGAACAUCAACAUCCAAACUACUGUCAAUCUGCUGAUUACCCUCCACGUGGCACUUGCGUUGACCAUCAUUUUCAAUCCUUUGAAUCAAGAGUUCGAAGAGUGUCUCAACCUGUCGCACAAUUUCGGAUGGCAACGGAUCUUCUCGCGCGCGUUCGUGAUGGUCUCCGUCGUGUUCGUCGCCGAGUCCAUCCCCAACUUUGGCGUUCUUCUCGACCUUGUGGGCGGAUCUACAGUAACCCUGAUGGCUUUGGUGCUCCCGAUUCUCUUCAACUUCUCGCUGACAACGAUCAAGAAGAAGCGAGAGAACAAGGAGGAUGAGGAGAGGAUUACGGUCAAAGAGUACGUGGAUUAUAUGGGCCAUGGGCCUUACUUAUUCAACUUUAACUGUUUUCAGAAUCUUCCAAAACUCGGACAAGAUCAAGCUGCUCCUUAACAUUCUUAUAUUAGGUACCCCCUUUCUUUUCCUCUUCAAUCUUUGGUUUCUUGGUCGGAAACCGAAAACAGCACUCAAAACCAUUCGUUUAGUGUUCGCCACGUUCGGAGGCAUCGCCGCUACCGUAUCCGCCGUCCAAACCAUGCUCAACAGUGAGUUCAGUGCUCCGUGCUACGCGAAACUGUGGAGCGAAGAGGCGCGAAUGCUCGAGGAGCAACGGAAGGCCUCGUUCGAGUGAGUCCGAGUUCCGAUCCCUCCCGCUUAUCCGCCAAUUCUUUCCCAGACACGGCAAGAUCGCCUGCUGCGGUCUCUUCCGGAACGUUUCCUCAAUGGGCGCCCAAGUUUGUCUCAACGCCGCCUCCCUUGUUCGAGUCGCUGGAUCUCAUGGAUAA